AUUUUUUUUUCCGCUUAAGAUCUGAUCUGAUUUUAAUGCGCUUGACCAGUAAAUCCUACUGUUUUCGUUAUUUCCAUAUCCUUCUCUCUCUCUCUCUCUCUCUCUCUCUCUCUCUCUCUCUGUUUUUGUCUCUCCGUUUUUCAGUUCUUUAAAUCCUAGUAACGUCAUUUUCCUCCCUCAUCGAUCAGAAAGAUAAACUUUUCCCAACAAAAAUUCAAACCCUAAUUGCAAAGAUUUCAGUUCUAAUUCUCCAUCUUCCCAAGUUUCAGUUUUUAUAAAUGGGUUUUCUUGUAACGUUUCCUCAAAAUCCGAGAAAAAUAGUGAAAAUGUGUCAACUUUGAAUUGACCUUCUUUAAAGUGGGUUUUGAUUUUUUUUGUUUGUCUUUUGGAUUCGAUGAAGAAAUUGAGAAGCUAUUACUCGAAUGUGAGGCAUCAUCAGAAUCAUCAUCAUAAUGCUCUUUCGGAGAGGAAAUGGAUUUUUUUCCCUAUUGUGAUUGGUUCAAUCUUCGCUCUCUUCCUACUGUUUCUCACAACCCUAACUUCACCAAACGGAGCCCGAUUCCUCCCUUUUACCCGACCCGUUUUAUUAACCGGAUCUGGAUCAUCGGCUUUCGUCGAAUCGAAGAUCAAACCUAAGCCAAUCUCUUCCCUCCCUACUCCGCCGCGAUUCGCUUACUUGAUUUCUGGAUCCGCCGGCGACGGGAAAUCUCUCCGGCGAACUCUUUUGGCUCUCUACCAUCCGAAUAACCGGUACGUUGUUCAUCUAGACCGAGAAUCUUCGCACGAUGAGAGAGAGGAUCUCCAUGGAUACAUUCGAAACUCGUCCUUGUUUGGAAGAUUCAACAAUGUUCAUAUGAUCGAGAAGGCUAAUCUCGUGACGUAUCGUGGACCUACGAUGGUCGCGAAUACGCUUCACGCAGCGGCGAUUUUGCUCAAGGAAGGAGCUGAUUGGGAUUGGUUCAUCAAUCUCAGCUCCUCAGAUUAUCCUCUAAUGACUCAGGAUGAUUUGUUGCAUAUAUUUUCGCAUUUACCUCGGGAUUUGAACUUCAUUGAUCAUACUAGUAACAUUGGAUGGAAAGCAUCACAAAGAGCAAAACCGGUAAUUAUAGAUCCUGGACUGUAUUUGAACAAGAAGUCUGAUGUUUUUUGGGUUACUCAAAGACGAAGCAUCCCAACAGCAUUCAAGCUCUUCACAGGCUCUGCUUGGAUGGCGUUAUCCCGGCCAUUCGUCGACUAUUGUAUUUGGGGAUGGGACAAUCUACCUCGUACGGUCUUAAUGUACUACUCGAAUUUCCUCUCUUCACCGGAAGGAUAUUUCCACACCGUGCUCUGCAACGCCGAGGAGUUCAGAAACACAACAGUAAACAGCGACCUGCACUUCAUAUCGUGGGACAAUCCGCCUAAGCAGCAUCCUCACCAUCUCACUCUUGCAGACAUGAACAAAAUGGUCAAUAGCAAUGCACCGUUUGCAAGAAAGUUCAGAAGAGAAGAUCCUGUCCUCGACAAGAUCGACGAUGAGCUUCUUAACCGAGGUCCUGGGAUGGCUACACCUGGUGGUUGGUGUAUUGGAAGCAAUGCAAAUGGGACUGAUCCUUGUGCUGUUAUUGGUGACACCGACGUUAUCAGGCCUGGUCCAGGUGCUAGACGGCUCGAGAAUCUGGUUACUUUCUUGUUAUCACCUGAGCAUUUCAGACCAAAACAGUGCAAGUAAAAUCUCAGUGAAUCACAUUGCAGAACAUCACAGAGAUUGAUUCUAGCAUACUUCAUUAUUGGGUUUAGAUGUGAUUUAGGAUCUGAUAGUGUCUAUCUUUUAGUCAAGAGUAUAAAUGAAGAUACUGAACAAGUAGGAGGCUAUGGCUCUUGGGAAGCAUGUGUGUCGCAGAUAAUUGUAUUGUUUGUAGUUCUCACAUGUUCACAGAUUUAUCAGAUUGGAAUUUUGAGUUUUUUUGUCGAGUGUUCACUUCUAUUUCUUUCUAUGAAAACUUUUUACUCUGCUUUUCAAGUUCUAUAUUCACCAAGUUGCAUC